GACAUCAAGUCACUCAACGGUCACGGGGCGCCAAUGCCAUGGCGCCAAAUGACAAACACCAGCCCCUAGCUAGUGUACCAGCUCUGCCACACUACACUACACUCCACGGUGAGCUCUGCCGCUGCUCGACGAAACAAACCAUGGAGCCGCCUCUCGCCGCCCUGCUAGUCCUCUGCUCCCUCCUCCUCCUCCUCAACCAUCCAUCAUCCUCCGCCGGCCAUGGCCAUGGCAAUCAGCACGAGCACUACGACAACGCGACGGCCUACAACGUCGCCGCCGCCGCCGCCGCGGGCACGCAGGGGCCGGGGUCGUGGGCGGAUGCGCUGGAGUUCCUGUACUACCACAACGCGGUGCGCAUGGCGCAUUGGGAGCUGCCGCUGGCGUGGUCGCCGCGGCUGGAGUCCUACGCGCGCUGGUGGGCGUCGCAGCGCCGCGCCGACGGAUGCGCGCUCCGGCACUCGUUCCCCGACGGCCAGUUCGCGCUCGGGGAGAACAUCUUCUGGGGCUCCGCCGGGGCGUCAUGGCUGCCGGGGGACGCCGUGAAGGAGUGGGCGGCGGAAGGGGUGGACUACUCGUACGCCGCCAACGCGUGCGCGCCGGGCCGGGAGUGCGCGCACUACACGCAGAUCGUCUGGCGCCGCACGGCGCUGCUCGGCUGCGCGCGCGUCGUGUGCGGCGACGGGGAAGGAGUGUUCAUGACCUGUAACUAUUACCCGCCUGGGAACGUCGUCGGGGAGAGGCCAUACUGAAUCCUGAUUGUGAUUGUGAGCCAAGGUUUGAUAGAAGCUUUCUUCAGGGGUUAAUUGGGCGUGCGCGCGGCCUGCUCGGCGAAAUUCCUAGAUGUUUGAUGCACUUGAAAGUUGAAAAGUUUCCCUAGAUUAUGCACAUGUACCGAAAUACUGGAUGAAUUCAAGCAAUGGUAGUAACUGAUGCAAA